AUCUUUAACAACUUCAGUGAACUACGAUUUAUUUGUUGCCGCGUUUUUAGGAAACGUUUUAUUGCAUUUUAACAAUUAUCAUUAAGCAUUUCUGAUUAUAAAAUUAUUUGAUAAAAAUGACAUCGGCAUUGGAAUCUAUGGUUGUCGAUGAAAAGCAGCUUCCUGAAAAGCCAGUAGAUAGGGAAAAGACAUGUCCUCUCUUGCUACGAGUUUUCUGUAAUACUGGACGACAUCACAAUAUUAUGGAAUACAGUAGAGGAAAUGUACCUUCCAAUGAAUUGCAAAUAUAUACAUGGAUGGAUGCUACUCUACGAGAAAUUACAGGACUCGUUAAAGAAGUAAAUCCAGAUGCACGGAGUAAAGGAACAUAUUUUGAUUUUUCUUUGGUAACUCCAGAAUUAAGAAAUUCUGGUUAUAGAAUGAGAGAAAUUGGUGUUACAUGUUCAGGACAAAAAGGAGCAGAUGAUAAUAAAACAUUAGCACAAGCACGGUUUACUAUAGGUGAUUAUUUGGAUAUAUCUAUAACACCACCUAAUAGAAUGAUGCAACCUGCUAUCAGACGUGGUGGUCUUCGUCAGUAUUAAUUUCAUAUGAAUUUUCUUCGAUUUCUAUAAAUCUGUGUAAAUGGCUAUAAUGAAAAAUUGGAAAUAAAGCGACUUUGGAAAAUGUA